UUACGAGCAAGCGCCAAAUGAUACAAUAGAGGAAGAAGCGGCACAACAAGGAAGGAGGCGACAAAUGGCUUGUCAACAGUGCACUCCAGACCGGGGACGGUGUCUCAAAACUUACGCUGUCGUUCUCCUUUUGUGUACGGACAUCGUAUUACAAUGUGUCAACGGAUACCUGAGCUCCCCUCACGUUGACCAGGAGCCUCCCUACACCAGAGACGCCCAGCAUGGCCCGGUUAUCACCAGCCCGGUGGUGCCUGCUGCAGCCUCGGUCUCUCCCGCUGAUGAUGAGAGCUACGCCUCUAAAUGUCCCAGCGGGGGGUCGUGCAGCCGCUUGCCAGCUGAUUGCAUGCACUGCAAUUACCAGCACAAUUGCACCUACGGGAAACCAGCAUCUUUCACCUGCAAAGCCAAGAAAGGGGUCCACUGUGUGGGCGAGUCGGGCCAGCAGCAGAACAACUUCUCCCUGUCCAUCACCUGUCAGUUCUGCUGGCAACUGGACCCGUCGCAGUACCGCUGCUCCAACUCCACCGCCUGCAUGACGGUGGCCUGCCCACGGCAGCGCUACAAUGCCACCUGCGACGUCCUGGACCACGUGCACUGUCUAGGUAAAAGACGUUUUCAGAAGCGGUUAUUUUGCAACUGGACCGGCGGAUACAAGUGGUCCACAACGUUGGCACUCAGCAUCACGCUGGGUGGUUUUGGGGCGGACCGCUUUUACCUGGGCCAGUGGCGAGAGGGGCUGGGCAAGCUGUUCAGCUUUGGAGGCCUGGGCAUUUGGACACUGAUAGACGUUCUCCUCAUCGCCGUUGGUUACGUGGGACCCGCCGACGGCUCUCUCUACAUCUAAAAAAAACAAAAAAAAAUCCUCAAAUACAUUUUAAACAACUCCGGACACGUGGCUCGCACCGCCUGCAAGGACUGAAGAUCUUCUUCCCAACGCCGUGUUCUUCUUCACGCACCCCAGCGCGUCCAUCCCAUCUGCUACCGGUCGGGAGGUGUUUUCCUCCUCGCCGUGCCCACACAAACGCCGGAUCGAUCCCCGUCACAGCCGCCGUCCCCCUGGUGAGAGCGUGCGAAUGGAGCGGUGCCCUGCCGCCGAGAACCUGCAACGACGACAACAGCGUACUUCCACUCACUUCCAAACACGGUUGAUAAGUGGGGCUUUGAUGGCGGCCAUGGCUGUAGAUGAAAUCGAACGUGUUGACUGUACUGUAAGCCGUUCAGCCACAACCGUAAUCUGCGUCCACAUGUAAAUAAAUAGCACGCAUCCGUCGCUAGCAUUGACCAGAUCUCAUCCACGAUGGUGGGGGUUCAAAUUGGAACGGUAAUGGGGGGGGGGGUCCUCGGCCACGGCGGAUGCAUAUUUUACACAACACUUCCGUGUCGCGUGAAUAGCUAAGCUCUGAUGCUAUGAUAGGAUUUGACAGGAAGUGCACUCAGUCUCACCACAUGACUGUUUGCUUCCUGUGUGGCGAAUACGCGUGGAAUUCAUGGUUACAUUUGUUUUUGUUGAAAACACUGUAAGUGACUUUGUUUUGACUUAUUUAAAUAAAAUGGUGGAAAAUACUUCUGGUUAAAUG